GAAAUAAAGUGCUGCAAUGAACCAGUGAUUUUUGAAAGGCGUUUUCUUUAACAAGAAUGCCUGCCUAGCCGUCAUGAUAUAAAUCAUGAUUUGAUUUAAUAUAUGGACUUAUAAAACGGUUUCAAACUAAACCAAUAAGUGUAAAAUACAGCUUCAAUUAACAGGAUUAACAAUUAGUAUAAGAAAAAAUACACCUUCUAUGCCAUAUACAACUGCCACAAGAUUCAUGAAGAACUUCAAACCGAAGAAAUCAAUUUAUAAUCCAAAAUUUCAAAGUUCUCCUAAUCUUUUAGAAAUACUUUUAGAAAAACUGGUCUAGUGUCUAGAACUUAUUUUAUUAUAAAAUAAAAACAAAUAAUUUAAAAUUAAUAUUUUACUAAAAUUUAUAAAAACGCCAACACAAGAUGCCUUCCCUAUUGGAAGCAUUGGAACAUAAGUAUGGAGGAGGUGGUCCACCUACGAACUCCGUGGAAACUUGUACAUCACUGGUGUCUAUUUUUGUGCCAAAACGACCACCCAGGUUAAGUGUUCCUGAACUUUUAGUCCUGAAUGACUGCGAUAUAGAUGCAGGAGGAGAUCCGGAGCAAUUGGCAGAAAAAUGUGGUGCCGUUCGAGAAUUGGAUUUGGCACAAAACAGACUUAGGUCUUGGAGAGCUGUGACACAAAUAUUACAACGUGUCCCAAAGGUUGAGUUCUUGAAUUUAAGUUUUAACAACAUUGGAGGGACCCUAAGACGUGAAGAAUGUUCCUUAUGCUUGCAAAGGCUGAGAAAUAUUGUUCUGAACAAUACCAGAGUCACUUGGACCAAUGUAAGAAGAUUGUUGGAAGCCAUGCCCAAACUUGAAGAACUGCACUUGAGUCUAAAUGAUUACAAAAAGGUUCUCUUAGACUUGGAAGUAGAAGAUCCAAAACAAAAUGGCUGCAAUAAGGAAGAAGGUUGUUGCUGUCAACAGAAACAAGAUGAAGUAAUUGAUGAAGAAGAAGCUGAUGACGUUUUUGAAAAUGAAGGUGAUGGAGAAAGCCGCUGUGAAAACGAAAUGGAAUACAUGAAAGCACACGAAGGCGUCCGAAAACUUCAUUUUUUAGGAAACCCGAUUCGCCAAUGGGGCGAGAUAGCACGAUUAGGACGAUUAUUUCCAAAUUUGGAGUCUUUAGUAGUUGCUCAGUGUCCAUUACAAUCUUUGGAAUGUGUUUACAAUGAUGAAGGCAAAGAAGAAUCUGAAGAAAUCUCACAAGAAGAUAAAGAAAGAUUUUAUAGAAGAUCGGAAAGUGACCCUGAAAGCGCUGAACGAAAACCAGAGGAAGCCCAUACUUAUUUUAGAAACCUAACAUUUUUAAACCUCAACACGACCAAAAUAAAUGAUUGGGGAGAUAUUGAUCGUUUAGCAAGAUUUCCAGCCCUUAGAAGCUUGAGGGUGCAAAAUUGGCCUUUAUGGGAUAGAUAUGAUGUUACAGAACACGAGAGAAGGCAGAUGCUUCUUGCAAGAUUGCCUCAGGUGAGCACCCUUAAUGGAGGAGGAGUGGUCGACCAUGAAGAACGAGAAGACGCCGAACGAGCUUUUAUUAGACACUACAUGGACAAACCAGAAUCUGAUAGGCCUGAAAGAUAUUCUGAAUUGGUUUCGAUUCAUGGCAAAUUGGACCCUCUAGUCAAUGUUGAUCUACGACCUGAGAAACGCGUUAAAGUUACUUUUACUUGCGGAGACGUUAGUGAAGUAAGAAGUGUGGAUGUCUACAGGACGAUAUCGGAUUUGAAGACACGCCUAGAACGUCUGGCAGGAUUUCCAGCAUCCAGAAUGCGCUUAUUUUAUGUCGACCAAGAUCUACGAGAUCUCCAAGGACCAGAAGAAAUGAAAUUCCCACACAAACAACUUUACAGUUAUAACAUCAGAUCUGGAGAUGAAAUCAUAAUAGAUUCGAAACAGAAACAUUAAAGUCUGAAAUGGGACGAAUAUUUUCUGAAUGGUGCUUUUUAGAAGUGGAUUUGAAGAAGCUGAAAACAUCUUUUAUGUAAUAUUGUUUGUUAUGGUUGAGAUCAUAGGAUCUGCAUAUUUCUUCAUAUGUGUUGGAAGUUCUAUAAUGAAGUAAAAUUUUCAAUAAAAAUAAUAAAACGUAGAUGAUGCAAAAAAAACUUAAGUGUGAUAAAUACUUUCAAACUAAAAAAAUGUACAUUCUGCAGAAAAGAAUCAACCUGCUAUAAGUUCAUCGAAUAAACUUAUUUUAAGGAAAAAGACAACAAAGGUCAUAUGAAGAAAAGAUUAAAUUUAGUUGAUGAUAAACAAAAAAAUGUUUUCGAAAAAGAAGCAUCCAUCAAAUUAUGGCAACUGAAGAAAUGUUUCGGUACAAAUUGAAAUCAUGUUGGCAAUUGAUUUUAAAUUUUUAUGAAUGUGAAAAAAUAUGCGAUAAUGUCAGUGACAAAAAGGCUGUGUACAUGUGGAGAAUAAGGUUCAUAUUCAUUACUCAUAUUGUUCUUUAUCUCAUUAACUACUGUGAUUGUAACACUGUAUUAAAUGUAAUAGUAUAAAUGUUCAUUGUUGAUAAAUGCAUGUUAUGUUAACUUACAGUUUUAAUUUUAAGAAGAAAUACAAAACGCACUAAUUACUAAAUAUAAAAGUAAAUGGUUUUAGUUUUGGUUAUUUAUAAAUGCUGCCAUUCUACGGAUUUGGAAUGAAAAAAUUUAGGCAUUUAUGUAUUUAUAAGUAAGCACCCAAGGAUACACCAAAAUUGCCUUUGAGGUAACCCUACACAAAACAAAAUAAAUUCAGACUUCAGGAAAUAAAGAUUAAUGAUAAAUUGGAAUUAAAAACCACAACAAACAAGUAAAUCCAAAUACAACUAAGCUAGCUUAAAUAUAAAAAAUCAAUAUUCCCAAAACUAAAACAUAUUUUAAAAAAUAAAUCUACUUAUAUGUUCUUGUUUAGAAAUAUGAUUUUGAUCAAAAAUUGUCACCAAUUAUACUUGUAAGAUGAAAUAAAUAUUUUUGUAUCUAAGUAUAAAUAUAAAUAAUUAUUAU